AGUUUGAAAUAAUUCUAUGGAAGUUUGUCCCGCCCUCCCCCGUAAAAAAGGGGGGAACGAGGGCGCUUCCAGCCUCCCUGGUCGGAGUCGGUGCAUAAACUUUACGCACAAGUUUCCUUUAGGAGCACACCAGCACUGAAAGGUCAGAGACGCAAGGCUAAAAGACACAAAAUUCUGUCUCACCUGGGAUAAAAUCUAGCCUGAAGAGACACUAACAUCGACAACGGACUUGAAGUAUUACAAUUUUUUUAUAGCUUUGUUUUUAGUGCAAAAUGAACCUUCAGAGGGCAACACUGUUUUUAUGUUGGAUGAUACUGCGUAUGGACACCUGUUCAAGCCAGAAAGACUGCACGGGUGUGGACUGUCCUGUUCCGCAUAACUGCAUCGAAACGGUUUUAGAGACGGGUGCCUGCUGUCCCACCUGCACACAGACGGGCUGCACCUGUGAGGGCUACCAGUACUACGACUGCAUCCAAGCAGGUUUCCAGAAAGGGAAAGUCCCAGAGGGGAAAUCUUACUUUGUGGAUUUCGGAAGCACUGAAUGCUCCUGUCCCCAGGGAGGAGGGAGGAUAAGCUGUCAUUUUAUUCCGUGCCCUGAACUUCCCCCCAACUGCAUUGAUAUUUUACAACCUGCGGAUGGAUGUCCACAAUGUGGGCGAAUUGGCUGUUCCCAUGGUAACAAGAAAUAUGAGGCGGGACACUCCUUUCAGAUGGACCAGUGCCAGGUUUGCCAUUGUCCAAAUGAAGGUGGAAGGUUAAUGUGUUCACCUAUUCUCGGUUGUGACCUUCGUAGUCCUAAUAAACCCAUGUGGGUUACGACUCCUGAAAACAAAAGCCCUUUGAGAGAUGUUAGCAGUCACCACGAAAGCCAACAUAUGAACCCUGUAGAACCAUUUUCCAAGCUGCCGCUAGGAAACACUCUCCCGCUGUAUAAGCCAGACCCACCCAGUUUUGGCACAGAGGAGUAUGACUAUACACAGGCAGGGCCCACGUCUUCCUCUAUCCAAGAUCUGGCCCAACAACUGGAAUCUACUACGGUACCACCAGCUUACCAAGAGUCAAGCUCCACUUCCCUCAGCUCCGAGGAUGACAAGAGACAUGAACCGAAAGAGACACAAAGAAGCUCUGAUUCACAGAGGAGCAGAGAGGCUGAGGUCACACUUAACAUGGAUCCAACCACUGCAAGGACUCAGAACGAAAUGCCAACAUUAACGCUAACAACACAGAAGGUGACUACAGAGAGCCACAGGCCUCAACAGGAACAUGAUGAAAGGACCACUAGACAUAACACUGACAGAAACAGAGUGGUACAGGAUGCCUUGAAAGACACGCCAUACAGCACCCAUUCAAACAAGAGGCACUUUAGCCAUCACAGACAUAGUCACGGCAGAGGCGCGGGGAGUCAUGGUGGCUCCCAUUCUGUCGACCAUAAGGAACAGAGCUCAUAUCCCACAGUACAGUUCGGUCCCACCAGCAGCGCUCCAGUGAGGAUGAGGGAGGGCGGAGAACAGGCUCAAAGACAACCCCAAACCCGCUACAACCAGUCUCAGGGUGCAGAGGGAGAUGCAGAGGUGUCUGCCAAGGAGCUGGUGACGGCCUGCUGUGAAACAGGGAAGAAAUGGGCUUCAGCUAAUGGUCACUGCAAUAAUAUGGAGCCACCCACAAAAGACAGGCAAUCCAUUUGUUGGACUUCCCAACAACAGUGCUGCCUCGGUUCCCUGAGAGAAAGUCGUUGUUUGGCUGGAAUUAAUGCAGCCAGGGCUGGAGAAACGUGUCAAGAAAAAGCCAGAGAUAUGUGUGGGAUUGAUUCCUACAAGGAGUGCUGUGACUGCUGCUCUCUGGGGCUGCAGUUCCGCAGUGAGGGGCAUCGCUGCGAAGCCCACCAGUACCUGAGCUUCCACUGCAGACACAUCUUUCGCGUCUGCUGCGAGGGAGAGGAGAGCAGAGCUGGCAUUCGAGACGAUCGGCGCUCGAUUGUCAAAGAGAGGCCCGCUCUCCCCUCCACUGCUGCACCUAAAAAAGUAUCUGACAGCCCAUAUCCCAAAGAGGCCUUCUCCAUUGGUGAGGAGCGGGAUGGGGAGAAUGCAGUGGAGAGUCCUGUUGAGGUGGAAGACAUGGAUGAGUGCCUGAUAUAUGAGGGCCACAUCUGCCACCAUAGAUGUGUCAACACGCCAGGCUCUUUCCGGUGUGAAUGCUUCCCUGGUUACGUGCUGCAAGAGGACGCUUUCACUUGUGCGCAGGAGACGGUGGACGAGGAGAACAGACUGAAGGAGGAUGACAGGGCGGCAGCGGAGCCCACCUCACUGCUUCCGCCUCCCAGCAGGCCUCCUGUCCCACUCGACCCCUGUGAAGGAAACAACCCAUGUGAGCAACACUGCACCUCAGUGGGCGAAAGGCCACAGUGCUCCUGUUUCCCAGGAUUCUCCCUUAUGGCUGAUGGACGCUCCUGUGAGGACAUAAACGAGUGUCUGUCUGGACGUGCCUGCCAGUUGAACGAGCGCUGCGUGAAUACAGCAGGGAGUUAUGUCUGUCAGAGACUGAUCACCUGUCCCCCGGGAUACCAGAUCAACAAUGACAUUUGUGAAGAUAUCAAUGAGUGUGUGCAACAGAACCAUAACUGUGGAUCCGGCUUUGAGUGUGUGAACACUGAGGGCUCGUUCAGGUGCAACCCUAUAUCUCGAUGUCCCGUGGGCUUUAACCAGGACGCACAGGGCAGCUGUAUAGACAUUGAUGAGUGUGGAGCUUUUACCCCGCCUUGUAGCCUUGGAUUUAACUGCAUCAACACAGUGGGAUCCUACAUGUGCCAGAGGAAGAUAAUAUGUAGCCGUGGCUAUCAUGUCAACCCUGAUGGAUCUAGAUGUAUCGAUGUGGACGAGUGUCAGAGCAGUUUGCAUCAAUGCGGAGAGGGCCAGCUGUGCCGCAAUCUGCCUGGUUCAUAUCGUUGUGAAUGCCAGACAGGCUAUCAGUAUGACUCAUUCAGGAGGAUGUGUGUAGAUGUGAAUGAGUGCUGGCGCUACCCAGGCCGCCUGUGUGCUCAGACCUGUGAGAACACCCCAGGCUCCUACGAAUGCUCAUGCACCUCUGGCUUCCGCUUAUCCAGCGAUGGCAAGAACUGCGAAGAUGUGAAUGAGUGUUUGGCCAGCCCGUGCAGUCAGGAGUGUGCCAACGUCUAUGGCUCCUACCAGUGCUAUUGCAGACAGGGCUACUACCUCAGGGAGGAUGGGCACACCUGUGAAGACAUUGAUGAGUGUUCCCAGAGCAUCGGCCAUCUGUGCACCUAUAAGUGUGUGAACGUUCCUGGCAGUUACAAAUGUACCUGCCCUGAAUAUGGAUAUACCAUGUCUCCAAAUGGACGUUCUUGCCGAGAUAUUGAUGAGUGUGCCACGGGGACCCAUAACUGCUCUCUAGCUGAGACUUGCUACAACAUACAAGGAGGGUACCGCUGCUUAUCUUUCAAAUGUCCACCAAACUACCGCAAAGUGUCUGACACGCGCUGUGAGCGGAUCAGCUGUCCUAAUUACCUGGAGUGUCAGAACUCUCCUCUGAGAAUCACUUACUACUACCUCAGCUUCCAGUCCAACAUUGUCAUCCCUGCUCAGAUCUUCCGCAUCGGACCCUCCCCUGCCUACUCGGGCGACACUGUUAUCGUCAGCAUCACGCAGGGAAAUGAGGAAAACUACUUCAGCACCCGGAAGCUGAAUCCCUACACAGGUGCUGUGUACUUGCAUCGACAGGUGGAACAUCCAAGGGAUUUCUUAAUCACUGUGGAGAUGAAGCUUUGGAGACAGGGGACGUUUACGACUUUCCAGGCCAGGAUCUACGUCUUCAUCACAGGCAACUCACUCUAAUAGUUAGAGAUGUGCUGUGGCCACUACGGACCUUAAUUCAGCUCAUGAAGACUUUUCAUAUCACUAUAACUGUCUGUCAUGAUUUGUUUGAGUAGUUAAUCUUGCUUAUGUAAUGUUGAAGUUAAUAUUUAAACAUUGCUGUAAGAGUUGUGAAAUAGAGAAACUUGCAAAUAUACAUGUCAAUGUCAUGUCAAUAAUUUCUAUGGCCCAAAAAACCCAUUAAAAAGACAUUUCAUGUUUUGUUUUGUUUUUUGUUUAAAACUGCUAAAAUCUGCAUCAAAACAGUAACUUAAGAGAUGCAAGGAUAUUUAUUAUACCACCAGCCUUAAAACAGAAUGAAACAAUUGUGAAACAACCAAAUGUGAGUGAAGUAAAAAUGACAACAGGCAGCCUAUAGCUUCUGCCCUUUUUCAUACUUUUUAGACUUUUAGCCCAGUCUUUUGCUGUCAGUCUAAUUUGAUGACACUGCUGUGAAAGCAGAAGAAAUUAUUUUGGAAUUGGUCCCAUUAUAGUGCCUAACAACUUGUAAUCUUUUCUUUGUCCCUGUGCUGCUGGUUUUGUUUGGUCUUUGAAGUAUUUUAUAUUAUAUAAUUUUACAUUACUCUGUAUGGUGUAUUUUUUUUUCUAUCAGACACGUUUUGGAUGGAUGUAUCAUAUUUUUAUGCAAGAUUCACAAGCUGCAAAGUAUUUUAGUAAAAUAUUAAAAAAAAAACACCAGUGUGGUUUUAUUAAUUGCAUGGAAUAUUUGUGUUUUUGUUUCAUAGUCAUUCCUCAGUAAUUCUCACUUCACAUGCUUAUUUGAUUAUGUACCAACUCUUGCCUAUAGACUGCAUUUUAUGAACAUUAUUCCUCAGUGAAGUUGUGAAAGUAUAUAAUCUGUUCUUGUCAAGGCAUGUCACACAGUAAAUAUCCAUGCCUAUUUACAUACCUGUUCACACCUUAUUAGUGAGCUC